AUGACCAAUCUAUCCCAACAAAUCCCUUUUACUUCAUCCAUGAUAUCUCCACCACCUUCUCCACCAGAGCACUCUAAUGUGAUUCCUUCCACGAUAGUAUGCGAGAGUUCGUCUACCGAUGCAGUAGGUAGCACCGAAAAACAAGCAAUACCAACAUCACAGCCACCACAGCCUGAAAAAAUUGCCAACCCAAAAAGUAAAUUUCGAAUGUUUGUAUCAGAAAUUCCACCGGAGCUUUUAGAUUUGAUCAAAAACUCGGAAAUAAAGAACAAGAAGACAAACGAAGUUAAAAUUAAAACUACCAAUGUUUCCAAAUCGAAACCCUCUCAUCACAUCACAGGAUCAAUAUCGGAACUUCGCACCGUCCUCGUAAAAAUCCUUAUCCAAUCAAAUCUCCUUCUAAAUCAUCACCGGGCAUCACCCUUAAACUUGAUCACACCUUCUUUGACCUCUCUAUCAUCCUCUUCUGAUUCAACCCCUCCUUCUAGCCCAACUUUGUUUGUUCAAAAGAAACAGCGUAGAGGACACAUUAAAACAAAAGGUUCCAAACUUCCAACCGUGGAACGUAAAAGAAAGAGCAAUAGUCUUUCCAGAGUGAUGGCGGAUCGGGGUCUUUUGGAAACAUCGUUCGACACGGCUAACUCCGAUGAUGUAAAAUCCAUUCGCCUUCCGCCGCCACCACCAAUGGAAUGGGAAAAGCUGUUUGAAAAUAUUAAUAAUAUGCAUCUAGAUAUGGAAAUCUUAAAUGAUAUCACACCAAAAAUUACGUGGAAAGGCCAACCCCUAUCCAUUUCUCAUUUACCCCAUUUUAACGCUUUGCAUCCCAAAGAAAUCAUGGUGGCAUCUACAUUACGUCUCACUCCUGUGCAAUAUUUGACCGCCAAAAACACAUUGGUUUCAGCCGCUCAACGUUACGCUCAACGAUCGCUUCCUUUUCGAAAAAGUGAUGCGCAAAAAUUACUCCGAAUUGAUGUAAAUAAAGCUAGUAAAUUAUGGGAAUUCUUUCAACAGGUUAAAUGGAUUUAA